AGCAACCAAGAAAAGAGGCCCUCCCUCCCCUCAUCAUUAUUCCUUUCUUUGUUUUCAGAAGUUCAUCCAAAGAAGUGAAAGAACCUUUCUCUGCUUAUAUAUUAACUCCUAGCCUACAUAAGGAGUGUUUUCUGUACCCAUCGGGGAGUUCAGAGACGGCUGCUGCUGCCGUUUAACUUUGAUCACUAUGCCUGGUUUUCCUUUCCCCAUCCUUUUCUUCAAUGGCAAACUUAGUCCAAGCAAAGAGUUUCAAUGGUUAGCAUCUGGGUUUCUUGGAAUCAUCGUCUGCAAAAUUGUUUAUGAUUUAACGGGUUCUAUCAGCUUUUAUUGCUUCAAGGGAUAUCAAAAACUAAGUAGUAAACAAAGAGUUGAAUGGAACAACAGAGGAUUCUCAACAUUCCAUGCUCUCAUUGUAGCUGUGAUUUCUUUCUACCUCCUACUGUUUUCAGAUCUUUUCAGUGAGGAUUCUCAAGAUACUUUGAUCAUUAAUAGGACAUCCACAUUGUCCAACACAAUUUUGGGGUUCUCCAUUGGCUACUUCCUGACCGACCUGGCUAUGAUAAUUUGGUAUUUUCCAGCUUUAGGAGGUCUGGAGUAUGUAAGUACAAAAUUGCAUGCUAGACAUUAGUGGAACACCAUAUUAACAUAUAUUUGUGUGGGUGUGUGGGAUUAUGUUUCCUUGGAACCUUGCUUUUAUUUCUUUCAGUAUCAUAUUGUUGCUGCAGUGGAUUUGGCUUAAAUCUGGUAUAACUGAAUUUAAAGAAUCAAUGUAAUCAAUAUUUACCUUCUUCAAAAUUAAUAAUUGGUGUUUUCCUCUCUACCUUUCAUGUGGUUUAAAAGUUCAUCAGAGCUUGUAUACUUUGUUUGCCUCCUAUGUUUUACUCAGGUCCUACACCAUGGGCUAUCAAUGUUUUCAAUGUUUCUCUCCCUCAUUAGUGGUCAAGCACAGAUGUACAUACUAAUGACACUCUUCUCAGAGUGUACCACCCCUUUUGUCAACCUAAGAUGGUACUUGGAUGUUGCUGGAAAGAAGGGCUCUAUGAUUUACAUCUUCAAUGGCAUUGCUUUGUUCUUCGGGUGGUUGAUCGUGAGAAUUUUUCUCUUCAUCUAUUUCUUUGCCCACAUGUUUGGCCAUUUUGAUCAAGUGAAGCAAAUGUUUCCCCUGGGAUUCUAUAGUUUGCUUACAAUACCUUUCUUGUUGGCAACAAUGAACAUGUUUUGGUUUUGGAAGAUUACCAAAGGUUUGAUUAAAACUCUGACCAAAGCAAGACAUAGUCAAUGAUCCAAAAGCUAAAUAUGUAUGUUCAUGGUGGCCGUGUAACAUUGGAGGAUGCUACAGAAGACGAUCUCUACACUAAAUUGCAAACUAUUGCUGGUUGUUUACCACUGUGAAGUGUGAAUCAAAUGAGAUAGUCAAUUCACUUGUAACCCUAACUAUGAAGGCAAGCAACAUCAUAUUUUGGGUUGGAGAAGAAAAUAUAGUUGGGCAUUAAGGUUUGAUUAAGGUCAUGUUUGGUUGGUAGUGUGUGUCUAUAUA